AUGGGUGGCCACGACGCCGAGAUGGAGUUUGCAAGCGACAGCUUCAAGGCGCUUGUCAAGGAGAACGGCAAGCUCAAGUACCAGCUCGCCCACCUGCAGCAGACGCUCGAGGAGCUCCGCAAGCCGGCCGAAUUCAAGUUCGAGGACAAGCCCGACCUCGCCGUUGAUACGAUGCGCGUGGUCGCCGACCUGAUGCGGUCCACCAUCGGCAUUGCCUUCCCGGAGUUUGCGGACGUGGACCCGAGCAUCACCAUCCCCGCCGCCAAGGUGAAGAACGCCGGAAGCUACCAAUGCAACGCGGCCAUGAACAUCAACAACAAGCUCAAGAAGCAGGGCGUCAAGAGCAACCCGCGCGAGGUGGCGCAGAAGAUUGCCGACAGCCUGCCGGAGAACCCCGUCGUGGACAAGCUCGAGGUUGCCGGCCCGGGCUUCAUCAACGUGCACGUUGCCAAGUCCUUUGUGCAGGCGCAGACGAACAAACUCCUGCGCAAGGGCGCACUGGCCCCGCCCAUUGACCGCAAACUGAAGGUGAUUGUCGACUUUUCGUCACCCAACAUCGCCAAGGAGAUGCACGUGGGCCACCUCCGCUCCACCAUCAUUGGCGAGAGCAUUUCCCGCGUGCUUGAGUUUGCCGGCCACGAGACCCACCGCGUCAACCACGUUGGCGACUGGGGCACGCAGUUUGGCAUGCUAAUUGCGCACCUCAAGGACGAGUUCCCAGACUACAAGACCAAGGCACCGCCCAUUGGCGAUCUCCAGGCCUUUUACAAGGCGUCAAAGGUUUUGUUUGACCAGGACGAGGAGUUCAAGAAGCGCGCGUACGGGGAGACGGUGAAGCUUCAGUCUGGCGACCCGGACGUGACGCUGGCGUGGCAGCUCAUCUGCGACGUGUCCCGCCGCGAGUUUCAGGACAUUUACAACCGCCUUGAUGUGACGAUUGAGGAGAAGGGCGAGUCGUUCUACCAGUCGCGCAUGCAGGGCGUUGUUGAGGAGCUCACCAAGAAGGGCCUGGUGAUUGAUGACCCCGAGAACCCUGGCCGCAAGAUUGCCUGGACCAGCGCUCGCGAGCAGACGAACAUUCCACUCAUUGUCGUCAAGUCGGAUGGAGCGUACACGUACGACACGUCCGAUCUUGCGACGCUCCGCUACCGCGUGCAGGAGGAGAAGGCCGACUGGGUCGUCUACGUCGUUGGACAGAGCCAGUGCAGCGCCAAAGCUGAGAUGCAAUCACGAUUGCUCACCCUUGGCUCUUGUUCCAUCUUGCCAAAGGUGUGGGACUUUGAAUCUGGGGAGUUUGAGCGGACGCUCAAAGGUCACACCAAGGCGGUCAACAACCUUGCCUUUGACAAAGAAGGACGCAUGCUUGCGUCUUGUUCUGCAGACACAACCAUCAAGCUUUGGAACUUUGAAACAUACACUUGCGUCAAGACCUUGCAAGGGCACGAGCACAACGUGAGCGGGGUGUGCUUUGACCCGAGCGGAGACCUGCUCAUAUCUGCGUCGCGCGACAAGACCGUGCGUGUAUUUGAGGUCGCCACGGGUCUCUGUGUUCGCAUCCUCGAGGGCCACACGGAAUGGGUUCGGCGGGUGGAUGUGUCAGCAGAUGGCGCCUUUUUCGUCAGCGGUUCAAACGACCAUACGGUGCGGGUGUGGGAUGCGAAGAGCGGGGAGUGCCGGCACGUGCUGACGGGUCACGAUCACGUGGUGGAAGACGUCAAGAUUGCGCCCCAAUCGGCCACGCCAGCCAUCAACACCCUCGUCCUCGGCGAAGAGACGAGCGAGCCACGCGUUGCGGGCCCGUUUGCAGCGAGCGGCGGCCGUGACCGCAUCAUCUGCAUAUGGGACGUGUCGACGGGGCAGGAGCUCGGCAGGUUGGUGGGUCACGAUAACUGGGUACGCGCCCUCGCCUGGCACCCGGGCGGCAAGUACCUCCUCAGCGCUUCAGAUGACAAGACCGUGCGCGUGUGGGACAUUGCCACCAAGCGCUGCGUUAAGUCGUUCCCCGCCCACUCCCACUUUGUCUCCGCCAUCGCGAUGCAGCCCAAGGCCAUGUCUGUUGCGACGGGAAGCGUGGACCUGAAGGUCAAGUUCUGGGACUGCUCAUAACCGCAUCAUCACCUCACACCAAAACACACACACACACACAUGCACGAGUGGAGAGGCCAUGGGCGUGCGUGUCAGUGUACAUGUGCUUGUUCUGGCGCUUUUGGAUUGGUGGUGGAUGUGCAAGUGGAAGAUGGGAUGCCGAGAAUGCAAGUUUGUUGCUGGUUCAGUGCAAGGGGUCGUGGCGUUGUGGUUUCAGUCAGAUUACACAGCUUCUUAAUGGGGAA